GGUCUCAGUCCCACAGCCAAAAUCCCCUGGAAGGAAGGGAGCAAGAGGUGUUCUUGUUUGGCUUCUGGGCUCAUCUAAGAUCUGCAGCUCAGCAAAUCUGCAGCCAUGAGGAUUCUUUACCUGCUUUUCUCUCUCCUCUUUCUGGCACUCCAGGUUUCUCCAGGACUGUCAUUGUCCCGGCGGGACAUGUUGUUCUGUAAUGGAGGGUCCUGUCACUUUGGAAGAUGUCCCAGCCAUCUAAUCAAAGUUGGGCGCUGCUUUGGGUUCCGUAACUGCUGCAAGUGGCCAUGGAACGCAUAAAAACUUCAUGGCCUGUCCAUUCAAGAGCUUUGAAAACUUCUUCCAGGAACUUGCUCUGAAUCCCCUUCACGCUACAGCAAAGCCUCAGCAGCAAGAAGACACCUCUCCUGUUUAAUGCGAUAUGUUUUGUGUUGUAGAGUAAAUACAAAUAUCUUCUGCAUUGCCUUUCUUCCUUUUGAAUAAAUUGUCAUUGCGUAGCAUCCA